UGGUGGAAUAUCAAACCAGGAAUUCACAGCUAAGUGUUUCAGUGCUGGCUGUGAGGAUGAGACACUUUUUGGUCCGUGCACUGGGGUUAUUCUUGCAGAACAUACUCCUCUAUGGACACGCUAAAGUGACAAACAAGGCUGUUGUGACGCUACAACCCAACUGGCCAAACAUAUACACAGGAGAGACAAUUACCCUCAGAUGUGAGAUAAAGAAUGGAGGAGACACUGAGUGGGAGUAUGAAUGGACAGCGACCAUCUUAUCGCUCCCAAAUAAAAAUGAAGUUAGGAUUACUGCACUUCACAACGAAGACUUCAGAUGUAUGGGCAGAAACAAAACCCAACAGCAGCCUUCGACAAUGUGGAGUGAUGCCUUCAAAUUGUUAGUACAUGACAAUAAACCUCAGCCUGAAAUCACUGUGUCUCCAUUCUGGCUGAGUCCUGGAGACUCUGUAACUCUGAACUGUGAGGUUGAACAUCCAUCUGCAGGAUGGAGGUUCUACUGGUAUAAGACUGUUCCCCUAAAAAAAAAGGGGAAAAAAUGGACCUACUGCAGGAUGCCGCUACAUGAACGCCCCAACGGGACUGCACAAGAUUCCUACAUCGUUCAUGGGCAGACACACACAACACCAUAUGUGUGCAGAGCUGGAAGAGGAGACCCAAUGUAUUACACUCAGUAUAGUGACAGGAGCUUCGUCUGGUCCGAUUUUAACUCAGCGGCGUCUCUCACAGUGAAUCCUGACAGAGUGCAAUACUUCUUCUCUGAGUCUGUCUCCUUGAACUGUGGAGGAAACUCCACAGAGUGGAGAGUGAUGAGGUCUAUUGAAAGAGAGACAGCAAACCAGUGUUCUACCUGGGGAAAAGUGACUGGACCCACAUGCAACAUCAACUUGUUACUAAAUUUUGAUGCAGUGUACUGGUGCGAGUCUGGAUCAGGAGACUUCAGCAAUGCUGUCAACAUCACUGUAUUGUCAAACAAAAGGCCUGAAAGCCUUUCAAUUCUUAUGUUUCUGUUCCUUGGGUUCCUGACUGGAGUUUUGUUAAUUAUUUCCCUGCUCUUGCUGUAUAGCUGCAUAAAGGAACCUUGCAGUGAGAGAUCCAUUCAUUUUAGACGUACCCAGUUUCAGUGCACCAGUCGGGAUGAACAGGUCAACCAGGUUGAAGUUCAACAGCAAGUAUACUCCUCGCUUCUUGAAGGGGAUGUCUGUAUCUACGAAACAAUCAAGGGUUCAGAAGACACUGGAAAUGGUCCAUAAGGAGAAGUCCAUCAUCAACAAAACAAGUGACGCACUGAUGACAACAUAAAAAACUGCACAUUUUACAAAUGCUCUUCAAAUUUCUUAGUGCGUUCUCUCUUAGUACAAAUCCCUCCUGUGCAGUUCAAUAAGAGAUCAUAUCAAAUAUUUACAUAAUGUGGAAUUAACCCCCUAUUGGUCUCAGCACAAACUGCAGAACUGCUGCGGCAUUUGAGCUGUAAAGGUCCAUUAACCUGCUUACAACAGUAACAAUAACAUGAUGUGAAAAGGAAUAAAAUAUCUAAUGUUGGUCCAGCGUUUUGAGGACAGACUGCUCACUUACUGCUGUGUUUUGCUGCAGAGGUUCACUUUAUCACUUGCUGUGGUUGAGUGAUCAUAUCUGAAAAUUGAAUUUUAUCAAAAGUGGGAAAAUCUACAGUCUGUAAAUUGGAUUCUUUCUUUUUCCUAGUACAGCCCAACUUUGUGAUUUUACGCUGAUGACACAGGAGUAUUUUAAGGUAAACAAAGUCAGGGAUGGACAACAACUAUUUCAUUUUUAGAUUUAACUGUAACUGUAAAUAUGUCCUUUUAUAACUGUGCAUUGUCAUGGAGUGAAAAUGUACUCUUGUCAUUUGUACAUUUAAAAGCUUGGUCUUUAAUAUGCAGCAAGAAUAUGUAAACUUUUAACCAAGCUGCAAACAUUGUUUUUUACACUGAAGCAAUUUCUCAUGCCUGCACAUUUAAACUAUCAUCCACUUGGUGGCGCCCUGCAGCUUUACUUUACUUCAAAGGUUACUGUGGUCAGAUAUCUUUGCUGCUGCAUCUGUGAGUGCAUG